AUGCUGCACCGCUUGUUGUCGGCGGGUGCGCGGCCGCUGCGCCGCUCGUUGCACGCGUCGGCGUCUCGUUCGUUUCUCGUGCGGUCGCUCGACGACGUGCGGCAGAGCUCUCGCGUCGUCACGAGUGGUGCAAACAAUGCGCUCGAGACGCGCCGCUACCUCGUCCGCAACGACGAGUGCGGGUUCUCAAUGCAGCAGGAAGUGCUGCAGAAAGGCGCGUCCGUGCGGCUCGCGUUUCCGAACCACGUGUUUGCGCUGCUGGUGACGCGCGGCGAGGGCCGUGUGCGGCUGCUGGACGGACACGACGGCUCUGGUCAGACGACGCAUAGUGUGGCCGAAGGCGCUCUCGUGGCGCUCAAUGCGGCCGAAGCGAUCGAACUCGAAGCAGUGAGCGACGAGCUGCACGCCGUGAGCGUCAUGAACCCGCCGCUGUAUGGCGUCGAGCAGGCGCACGCGACGACGGGCGUGUUCCCGGCCGUCGACGCCGAUGGCGAAGAGCUCGAGAGCUUUGACCUCGCGGGCGUCAGUCGUUUGUUUACAGCGCCCGAGUCGCUGAAAGGCGGAAGUGCGCCGAUGAAAGACGACCCGCUGUUCUGA